AAGAAAUGUUUUUUAAAUCCAUAAAGAUUUUUCGUUCCUAAAUGCGAUACUGAUAGAAACAGUUCGGCUUCUGCUUCAAAAUUUCUCGUUAAUACCGGCAAUCAGCUGCAACAGCAUUGGCUACGGACCAAAAAACAGAGACGCACAGGGACGGCUCAGCGCUCCCACUCCCCGGCAAUAUCGUUCAAUUACUGGCCGUAGUCGCAGUCGCGAUCCACACACCCACACAUCACCAUGAGUCAGACGCCAUCGACUUUUAAUUCGCCACGCAACCGCUACUACAAUCCCGUCUCAAAGAUUCAGUCGCUCAUCCACAAUCUGGACGCCGAGCUGGUGCAGCUGUGCAAGCAAUGUUCCGUGCCCAAGCCGUUGGCUAAUUUCAACUACAACAGCAACAGUCUCAGCGCGCACAGCAGCAGCUUGGGCAGCAGCCAUCAGCAGAAGGACAGCCUGAACGCUCUGCUAUCGCGUGCUCGCUCCAACAGCAUCUCGUCGACGUCGCAACGGACUCUUACUCCGGAGGCGCACAAGCGCCAGAUGCGGAAUGUCUAUCGAACGCGUGUUAUCGAUGCGUAUCGGAACCGUCGCAUUUUCACCGUCUACGGCAACUACCACACGGUUCGGCGAGCUCUGAUGCGUCGUGGCUGGCUGGAGAAACUGCCGCCCGCCCGCUUCGCUAAGCUGCAGACCAUGCCGGAAGACGUGCUGCUGGAUCAUGCGCGUCGCGGCAAUGACUACGAAGCCGUCAUCAUAUCGAAGAUGAUCAACCACUUUCCGGCCUUCUUCAUUUGGCAGGGGAAGGGUCAACGCGAUCAGUGCGCCGAGGUGCUGCCCUAUCGAAAUCGCGUGAGACGCAGCCAGUUCCUGGACUUCUCCACGAAGGUGGGAUUGGUGGGCUGCGCCGAGCAGGAGCGCUGGUUUCGCGAGGAGGGCGUUUGCGCCAUGAGCCAUCCACGUUUCUAUCGCCUGGGCGGCAAUAGUGUGGAGGAGCGGUUGGCCUUUAUUGAGGACUUCCAGCAGACGGCGGCGCGUUCGCUGCUCCGCUACAUCAAGGAGCACAGUCCCGAGGAGCUGGCAGAUCCCGAAAACGGCACCAUUCUCAGUAGCACAUUGGACUUUGCGCUGAAUAGGGUGAGGAAUAUGAUGAACUUUGCGGAUCCCAAGGCCUUGGAGGACAAGCCCAUAAAGCCACCCACGCCCGCCGAAAUGGUGGAUAACCAAACGUUUAUGCUCCAAGCAUCCGAGGUAUACAAGUCGCAGGCCAAGUUCCGCAUCUCUGAGAAGGUAAUGUCCGAGUAUGCGCGACUCGCCGCACAAUACCUCGAACAAAUCGAGUCUGUACGACCCGAUUACUGCUGGGAUGGUUGUCGCAAUCUAUGGAUACUGAAGCCGGGCUAUCAGUCGCGUGGAAUCGGCAUUGUAAUACGCAACUCCCUGGAUGACAUUCUGCAGUGGACGACGAACAAUCAGAACAAGAAGUAUAUUGUGCAAAAGUAUAUUGAACGCCCUUUGCUCGUCUAUCGCACCAAGUUCGACAUACGCCAGUACAUGUUGAUCACUAUCACCGAGUCGCUGGUGACUAUUUGGACCUAUCGGGAUUGCUAUUUGCGGUUUAGCUCCCAGGAGUUCACCAUGGAUGAUUUGCGGGAGUCUAUACACUUGACCAAUAACUCAGUGCAGAAGCGCUAUAAGAAUAAAAUGAAUCGGGAUUCCCGUCUGCCCAAACACAAUAUGUGGUCGCUGGAUCAGUUCAAGAGUCAUCUCCGACAUGUGGGUGCUCCAGAAAAUACCUGGUCCCACAUCUAUAAUGGUAUGAAGCAGAAUCUUGUGGCUGUGGUCAUGGCCAGUCUGGAUGAGACGGAGUUGGUUCAGAACGCCUUUGAGCUAUAUGGCUGCGACUUCAUGCUGGACGAGCACUACAAUCCGAUACUGAUCGAGAUCAAUUCGACGCCCGAUUUGUCGCCUUCAACGGAGGUGACUGCACGCAUCUGCCCGAUGGCGCUCAAGGACUGCAUUCGCGUGGUGGUGGACUUGAGCAAGAAUCCAAUGGCGCCUACGGGUCUCUUUGAGCGUGCUUUUGAGGUCUCGUACAACCUCAAUAAGGCGAUGGAUUCCCAGCAGCAGAUGGAAUUGAGCGGCAUUCAAAUGACUCUAUUCGAUGCUCUGCCAAAGGUUAAGACCCGUACCCGCUUUUUGCGCAAAAUUUUGAACAAUGUGAAGUCAUCGACGAGUCGGAAGCUGGGCGGAAAGGAGAAGGAGAAGGAGAAAGAGCACGUUUCAAAGAAAACGACAAAGGCUACGAUCAGCAAACAUAAAAGGAAAAAUUCAAAGAGCGCGGCUGAUUCAAAAUCAAGCUCCGCUUCCCCUUCCCGACAAGUCUCUAUGACGAAUACGGCGAUCGGAACUGGUGGCAAAACGAUUUUAAACUCAGCAAUACGUGAAAACUUGGCAUUACAGUAUACUGCGCCUAAAUAAAACCACUGGAAAGGCUAAUCAUUACAGCGAAGGAUAUAAUCUCAUAAGGCGUCCUUUAAAGGCCAAUUAAUGAGAUAAGAAAAUUGCAUAGAAGUAAACGAGAAACCAAUUAAGUGAUGAGAAAUUCGUAAUAGUUUUUAAAAUAUAUAUAUAGUAUGUAUAUAUUAAACAUGAAUAUCUUACAAUACACACUAAACAUUAUUUCCGAUAACAAUAAAAAUACGCAAUUAUGAUAUUUAACUAGAAAAA